CGGAGCCAGAGCCGGGCCGGGUCUGAGCCGCUCCCGCUGCCGCCUCCGCCGCCGCGUUAUGCCCGCUGCAAGACAAGGGUCCAGACCGUGGCCUCCUGCCCCUGCCUUCCUUCAGGAGAGAAAGAAAAAUAAACCACAAGGGGAAAAUUCUUCUAUGUGCUUGAAUUAGCAGGAUCUUGAGUUAAGAAGAAAUUUGUCAGUCUCAAUAAAUUGAAGCUUAACGCCUUGAGAAUUGUAGUUAUUGACCAGAAAUAUGGACAGACUUCUUAGACUUGGAGGAGGUAUGCCUGGACUGGGCCAGGGGCCACCUACAGAUGCUCCUGCAGUAGACACAGCAGAACAAGUGUAUAUCUCUUCCCUGGCACUGUUAAAAAUGUUAAAACAUGGCCGUGCUGGAGUUCCGAUGGAAGUUAUGGGUCUCAUGCUUGGAGAAUUUGUUGAUGAUUACACCGUCAGAGUGAUUGAUGUGUUUGCUAUGCCACAGUCAUGAACAGGUGUCAGUGUAGGAGCAGUUGAUCCAGUGUUCCAAGCCAAAAUGUUGGAUAUGUUGAAACAGACUGGAAGGCCUGAGAUGGUUGUUGGUUGGUAUCACAGUCACCCUGGCUUUGGUUGUUGGCUUUCUGGUGUGGAUAUCAACACUCAGCAGAGCUUUGAAGCUUUGUCGGAGAGAGCUGUGGCAGUGGUUGUGGAUCCCAUUCAGAGUGUAAAAGGAAAGGUUGUUAUUGAUGCCUUCAGAUUGAUCAAUGCUAAUAUGAUGGUCUUAGGACAUGAACCAAGACAAACAACUUCAAAUCUGGGUCACUUGAACAAGCCAUCUAUCCAGGCAUUAAUUCAUGGACUAAACAGACAUUAUUACUCCAUUACUAUUAACUAUCGGAAAAAUGAACUGGAACAGAAGAUGUUGCUCAAUUUGCAUAAGAAGAGUUGGAUGGAAGGUCUAACACUUCAGGACUACAGUGAACAUUGUAAACAUAAUGAAUCAGUGGUAAAAGAGAUGUUGGAAUUAGCCAAGAAUUACAAUAAGGCUGUAGAAGAAGAAGAUAAGAUGACACCUGAACAGCUGGCAAUAAAGAAUGUUGGCAAGCAGGACCCCAAGCGUCAUUUGGAGGAACAUGUGGAUGUACUUAUGACUUCAAAUAUUGUCCAGUGUUUAGCAGCUAUGUUGGAUACUGUUGUAUUUAAAUAAAGCAACACCAAAAGCUAUUAGUGAUA